AUGUUGGUGCAAUCCUCCCCUCCCCGUCCACACUUCCCCAUCCAGGCCCGACCGCUGCCUGCUCUGCACUCGCAUGUGCUGGCCGCCAGCGAGUCGUGGUCGCAACUGUCGCUGUGCUUCGCAGACAGUCCUCGCAGCACCCACACCACCGCCUCAUCGUCAUCACCUCUCCAGAACCGCUUCCGCAAUGUCUUGGAAAAGGGAGCCAACUCAGAUGCUAACAUGUUUGCGACGUGCAGCAACGCCAGUCGUGGCACGCGGUCCUCGUUCAGACCUGCGCGCGCUGCUAAGGGCACAAACAGCUGGCAGCUUAAGCAGUUCGCCGAGGCCACUCUGGGAAGCGGCAGCUUGAGAAAAGUUGUUCGCCUGCCCGAGGGUGAGGACAAGGACGAAUGGCUGGCCGUCAAUGUCGUCGACUUCUACAACCAGAUCAACCUGCUGUACGGCGCAAUCACCGAGUUCUGCAGUCCACACUCAUGUCCUGAGAUGAAGGCCACAGACGAGUACGACAAUCCUUUGCACUUCUCCCUCCACUGUCCAAUUGCUGACCUUCUGUGCCUUCCAGANUUCGAGUACCUCUGGCACCACCCUCCCGAGUUCCCUCGUCCCGUCCGUCUUCCCGCCCCCAGCUACAUCUCCAACCUCCUUUCGUGGACCUCGAAUCUUCUCUCAGACGCAAACGUCUUCCCGACCCACCCAGGAGUGCCUUUCCCUCCCACCUUCCAGUCCACAAUCAAACAAAUCUUCAAGCGCUUGUAUCGCAUCUACGCCCACAUCUACUGCCAUCACUACGGCGUCAUCAGGGGUCUCGGUCUAGAGGCUCAUCUCAAUACUGGCUUCAAGCACUACGUCUUGUUUGUUGAAGAGUUUGGUCUGGCCGAUGAGGGUGGCAGAAGGGAUGCCAAGGCCGAGUGGUACGGUCCAUUGGGCGAAUUGGUCGAGAGCAUGUUGCGCAGCGACUAG